UGAGGUAAAGGAAACCUACUACUCUAAACAGAGCGUGGUUUCAGGGGAGCAAGGUGACAAAAGUGAAAGGGUAUCGGGUCAUCCGCUUUGCUGUACGGACCCAAUAAACGAAACAACAAAAAUGACCGAAAACGGCUACCAUCAUGAGAGGGUCUUGACAGUGGACACCAUGAAUCCCAGAGUGAAAGAAGUACAGUAUGCUGUGCGUGGUCCUAUCGUGCUUCGAGCUGUGCAAAUUGAGAAGGAACUCAAAGAGGGAGUAAAGAAGCCUUUCACUGAGGUUAUUAAGGCCAACAUCGGUGACUGUCAUGCCAUGGGCCAGCGUCCCGUCACUUUCCUCAGACAGGUGCUGGCAUUGUGCACUUAUCCAGAACUACUUGAAGACAACAAGUUUCCAGAGGACGCUAAAUCCAGAGCACGUCGCAUUCUUCAGUCCUGCAGCGGAGGGAGCAUCGGGGCGUACAGUGCUAGUCAGGGGAUCGAGGUGGUUCGACAGGAUGUCGCCCGUUACAUUGAAAGAAGAGACGGUGGCAUCCCUUGUAAUCCCGACAACAUCUACCUCUCCUCAGGCGCCAGCGAUGCCAUUGUGACCAUGCUGAAGCUGCUGGUGUCAGGUGAGGGUCCUACGCGUACAGGAGUAAUGAUCACAAUCCCUCAGUAUCCCCUGUACUCGGCUACCCUGGCCGAACUGGGUGCCGUGCAGAUCAACUGUUACCUGAACGAGGAGAAAUGCUGGAGUCUUGAUGUGAAUGAGCUUCACAGGGCCCUGGAGGCUGCCAGGAAACACUGUACACCACGCGCGCUUUGCAUCAUCAACCCGGGUAACCCCACCGGUCAGGUCCAGAGUCGAGAGUGUAUUGAGGAUGUGAUUCGGUUUGCUGCUGAGGAGAACCUGUUCCUGAUGGCUGACGAGGUUUAUCAGGAUAACGUGUAUGCGGAGGGCAGUAAGUUUCACUCCUUUAAGAAGGUGUUGUUUGAGAUGGGACCAGAGUAUUCAGAAAAAGUGGAGCUGGCGUCUUUCCACUCAACAUCUAAGUGCUUCAUGGGAGAAUGUGGUUUUCGGGCAGGCUAUGUGGAGGUAAUUAAUCUGGAUCCUGAGGUGAAGGCACAGCUGACUAAACUGGUCUCUGUCCGGCUGUGCCCCCCAGUGCCGGGACAGGCCCUGCUCGACGUUGUUGUCAACCCCCCCCAACCAGAUGAGCCCUCGCAUGCGACUUUCAUGGAGGAACGCACGACGAUAUUAACCAGGCUUGCGAACAAGGCGAAGAUGACUCAGGAGAUUCUUAACCAGGUUCCAGGGAUCCAGUGUAACCCGGUUCAGGGAGCCAUGUACACCUUCCCCCGCCUCAAUCUCUCACAGAGAGCCAUCCAGGAAGCCAAAGAGAAGGGCCAGGAACCUGACAUGUUCUACUGUAUGAAGCUGCUGGAGGAGACGGGGAUCUGUCUGGUUCCAGGCAGUGGCUUUGGACAGAGGGAAGGGACCUACCACUUCAGGAUGACCAUAUUGCCUCCUCCUGAAAAACUGAAGAUAGUCCUGGCCAAGGUGAAGGAAUUUCACCAACGUUUUACGGAGCGGUAUUCUUAAUCACUUGUCUUCCUGUUCACACACCCGGCCUCUGACUCAAACACAGAGGGUUUGAACAGCAAUGAACAUUAGUGCCUUUAGCAGUGCUGUCAAAGUGAUUGAACGUCGCUGUGACAUGUUAGCUAAACCUCAAAAACUGUUUGUGUUUAACAGUCAGCUGUUUAACAGUGUACGCCAGCCUUGGCUCACUGGUCUUCUCUACUUGAGAGGACUUGAUAAGGGAGGGAAAAAAAACAAGCACAA